CUCUAAUAGGCUCUAUUUACGCUCCAAUUACAAAAAUUGCUACCCCUCGUGUAGUGUGGUAUACGACAGUAUAUACCCCGUCCCUCGUUCUAUCGCCGUAUCAGCCAUCGCGUAUGGAGUAUUGGAGUCUAUGGAGUACUAUCGAGGAUGGCAGGUAGCCAGCUAGCGCCAAUUCGUCGAGCCAGUCUCUGCUUCAGCACGUCGAACAAUACCUGGAAAUCGUCGACCCGCGGGAAAUCAGCGAACGAGAAAAGCUUGCCGGGCACCGCCCACUGUCCACCUAUUGACGUGAAAUCGCCAAACUACUGCUGACUUCUGCUCUACUUCACACUUCUUCUAGCAAUGGAGUGUAAUGGAGUUGAAGCAUCACAAAUUUGCAGAGAACUUGAGUCACUAAAGGCGGACAAGCUACGAAUUGAACAGCGGAUCUCAGCUCUUGAAUCUCAACUCAGUCAAUUCCGCUCAAACGAUGAAACCACCUGGAAUGGUGUCGGUUGUGAUGCACACGUUUGUUUUCCGCCAAUAUUAAAUGCAAGGUUAAGCUCUAGUCAUGGUUUGUCUCCUGAUAAUAUCUACAGAUAUAGUCGUCACUUGUUGCUUCCUUCAUUUGGCGUCCAAGGUCAGGCAAAUCUUUUGAAGUCUUCAAUUUUGGUUAUCGGGGCUGGAGGCCUAGGAUCUCCUGCUUUGCUAUAUCUUGCAGCUUGUGGUGUUGGCCGAAUAGGCAUAGUCGAUCAUGAUGUUGUUGAGCUUAAUAAUCUACAGAGACAGAUAAUACACACUGAAGCAAAUGUUGGGUGCUCAAAGGUAGAGUCUGCUGCUGCUGCUUGCCGCGCGAUUAACUCGUCCAUUCAAAUCAUUGAGCACAAAGAAGCAUUCCGCACAUCCAAUGCUUUGAGGAUUGCAAGCCAAUAUGACAUUGUCAUAGAUGCUACAGAUAAUGUUCCUAGUCGCUACAUGAUCAACGAUUGCUGUGUUGUGUUGGGAAAGCCUCUUAUAUCUGGAGCUGCACUUGGACUAGAAGGGCAGUUGACAGUCUACAAUUACAAUGGAGGCCCAUGUUAUAGGUGCAUGUUUCCAAUCCCACCCCCCACCACUUCAUGCCAAAGAUGCUCAGAUAGUGGUGUAUUAGGUGUAGUUCCUGGAGUAAUUGGAUGCCUUCAAGCCCUAGAGGCUAUAAAAAUUGCAAGUGAGAUCGGUGAUCCACUCUCUCAACGGAUGCUUCUCUUCGAUGCCCUGUCAGGACGGAUUCAUAUGGUCAAGAUCCGAGGAAGGUCAUUGCAAUGUAAAGUUUGUGGUGACAAUGAAGUGCUGACAAAACAGCAAUUUGAAGAUUUUGACUAUGAAAACUUUACUCAAUCUCCAAUUUCUACGGGUCCAUUGAAGUUGAAUCUUGUUCCACCAGAUGCUAGAAUCAGUAGCAAUGAGUACAAGGAGAGAGUUUUAAAAGGGGAAGCUCAUGUAUUAGUAGAUGUACGGCCAGCACAUCAUUACAAGAUUGUUGCACUUCCCAACUCUAUUAACAUCCCGCUGCAGGGUUUGGAGGAUCGACUAUGUGACCUAUCUACAAUGUUACGAAAAGGCGACGAGGAAGGUUCUGGUGCUUCUCUCUAUGUCAUUUGCAGGAGAGGUAAUGAUUCACAAAGGGCUGUGGAAUGCCUCCGCAAGGCCGGUUUUUCUUCUGCUAAAGAUAUAAUAGGGGGCCUUGAGGCGUGGACCCGAGAGGUGGAUCCCCAGUUCCCUUCUUACUGAUGGUCUACCCAUUCUGGAUUUUCUUUCCAUACACUCUUCCUCAACGCAGUUGAUGUGCAAUGUCUCUUUGAACACGUAAUUUUGUGGAGAUGUGCAAUGUUUCUAUGCAAUUUUCGACGCGGUUUUCAGUAUGAAUCAUCCGGAAACAGUCUCUAUGUGCUUUAGUACAUGGGUAAGAUUGCAUUGGGGUAUCUAGGGGCUGUGCGCCAUUGGGGCAAUGAUGAUGAUGAUGACUUGAAACUUUUUGUUGAUAUUGUUAAAAUUUACUGAGAGAAUGUUUUACAGAACUAAGCAUAUGACCUUGAAAUAUUCCCGGGUUCCAGACUUCCAGAAUUGCUGAAAGCCUGAAACUAUCCCCUCUAGAGAAUAUAUUUAAGUAAUUAGUUCUACAUUUAUGAAGUCCACUCUCGAACCAGAGAAUAUCCUUAUACCGUUUAAUAUUUACAUGUUGCUCCAUGUUUCUUAUCCUAUUUUUUUUAUAGUAAGAACGUUUCUCGUGUUUCCC